AUGUUGGCGCUGACAAUCCGCAGCUCCUCGCUUCAACGCAUCGAGACCGGCCUGGAAGGAAUGAGGGUAAUGGCGGAGGAAACCAGCAAAGCCGAGCCGACAGACCUGGAACACACAACCGCUACGCUGAUACUGGAGGCAGGCGAAGUUGAGAUGGAUGAGGAUCCCUUUUCAACCGUCGAGUCUAGGAGAAGGGUGGCAGAAGCUGAAACUCUGCCAAUCUCGCUGCCAACGGUGACGGAAAACCACGGUCAUUUGCUGUCAACUCGGCGGCUUGCUCCUGUCGUUUCGCUGGCGUCCGAUGAGUUUGUGGAGAAAAUCGAAGAGCUCCCGAAUGGUUAUCAUUUGGAGCUCGCAGAGAUCGUCUUCUCAAACUGUCGUCUGGCUUGCUUUGACUUUUACUUCGCCCACAGCCUUUGGCGCACCAAAUACGCCCGCGAUGAUCCUCCAGAUGAACGCAAACUGUUCCAAAUGGACGAUGGUGAAUUUCCGCAGUCGCCAGAUGACCUGGAAUUGCGAGAUUGGCUCGCCAAGAUCUUGCUCGUGCAUGGACGGGUAUCCGACCCUGACGUUGUGCCGGCUCGAAGCAUUCUAAAUUACGCCGAGUCACACCAGCUCUUCUCAAAACUAACCACGAUUCCAGCAAUGGUGGGUGAAUUUGGAGCCUUGAUCCGUACCUGCUCGAAGACCGGUUUGUAG